AUGUCCGCCCCAGGGACUCAAGCAUCUUCAUCACAAUUAAAAUGUAAAGAACACGGCUGUGGAACCAAAACUUAUUCUACUCAAUCCAAUCUCAGAAGACACGUCCGGUCUAAGCACGGCGAGCCCGUCCUAAUGUCCUGCGGUAGACUACUACCUAAGCACACAUCGAAUAUCAAGCGUCACCGGGACAAGUGUAAGGGCUGUUGUCAAGCUCUAGUCAUGACAUCGACGCCCGAACAGAACGAAUUCGGAAGACUUAUGAGCGACGCCAACAUUGUUACUGAGAGUUCCAGCCUUGAUGUCAGCUUUGACAAUUACCUGGAAGAUUUCAACAACCUGAGUUAUCUCUCAGAGAAUCACGAUCUUCGGUCCCUUUGA